GCUGCAUCAGCGCGUGCACCGCGACAGCCCUCAGAGACGCUUUCUCUUCCUCGCGCUGCCGUUUUCUUCAUCACAGUGGGUCUAACGUACAGCGCCACAAUGGAGACUAAACCGGUCAUCACCUGCCUUAAAACCCUCCUCAUCGUGUAUUCCUUCGUGUUCUGGAUAACAGGAGCCAUCCUGCUGGCAGUGGGAGUAUGGGGGAAGUUGAUGCUGGGCCCGUACAUCUCUCUUAUAGCCGACAACUCCACCAACGCCCCCUACGUCCUCAUAGGCACCGGGACCGUCAUCAUCGUUUUUGGCCUGUUCGGAUGCUUCGCCACCUGCAGAGGAAGCCCAUGGAUGCUGAAGCUGUAUGCCAUGUUUCUGUCGCUCGUCUUCCUCGCCGAGUUAGUGGCUGGGAUCUCUGGAUUUGUGUUUCGCCACGAGAUAAAGGGGACCUUUCACAGGACAUACACUGACGCCGUCCUGAACUACAAUGCUGAGGAUGAGGCGAGCCGUGCUGUUGAUAAUUUGCAGCACAAGCUGCGUUGCUGCGGAGUGUAUAACUACACCAGUUGGUUUGGCAGUGUGUAUUACCCAUCCAACGGCAUUCCUGCCAGCUGCUGCUUUAACUCCUCUGACUGCAACCCAGAAGACCUCCGUAAUACAACUCUAGCCCCAAGCAAGGUCUACCACCAGGGAUGCUAUGAGCUGGUUACUUCUUUCAUGGAAACCAACAUGGCCAUUAUUGCGGGAGUGACGUUUGGGAUUGCCUUCUCACAGCUGAUUGGCAUGUUGCUGGCCUGCUGUCUGUCCAGGAUCAUCACAGCCAAUCAGUAUGAGAUGGUCUAGCUGAUGUGACGUGGCAGGGAGAUGAAGAGAAGAAGAGACAAAGAGCCUUGACACAUGACAAGAGUAAAUUCCCAAAACACUAUCACAUGUCUGUAUUGGAAUUUACCUCCCUUUGUCUCUCUGCCUGUGAUCUUAAUGUAAUAUCUUAAUGUAUCUUAUUGUAAAGCACCAUUCCUUUACUCACCGCUGUUGCAUCGAAACGUUCUAUACCACACAUCACACUGCUGCUUGAUGUAGAAGUUGCUCGUUAGCACAUAUCUCCGAUCAGUACAGCCUACAACGUACAACAAGCAGGUAAACCAGAGUUGUCUGAGCGGUGUUGGUCUCAGAUAGGCGAUUGGGUGCAACUUGGCUUUUCAGUUGGUUACAGCAUGCUUCACCGACCGUCAUCAGAGGACCACUGCACAUCUUUGUACAGAUUGACAUUACUAAAGCUUGAAAGUAAUACUUUAAUAGAUAGGUUUAGUUUUGCAUUUGACUUUGCUAUGGCUCACCAUUGUAUAUUCCUAUGGUUGUGACAUUUUGUGAACUGAUUAUGUGUACUGAGGAUGAUAUUUUAAGUUUAUAGGAAAAA